UCGACGGCUCCACCGUGGUCAGGUGACCCGCAGCAGUAAAGCUGAUCUCUGGAUUCUUCCUCGAUGUCGGAGGGGAGUGCGUCUGGAGGAAAUGGACUCUGGCAAUGCUCGAGUUUGAUCACUCAGAGAUCCGACCAGCUGAGUCUGUGAAUGGCGCCAAAACAGGACCCUAAGCCGAAAUUUCAAGAAGGUGAAAGAGUCCUGUGCUUUCAUGGGCCACUGCUCUAUGAGGCAAAGUGUGUCAAAAUCAACAUAAAGGACAAGCAGAUAAAAUACUUCAUUCACUACAGCGGCUGGAACAAAAACUGGGAUGAAUGGGUUCCUGAAAGCAGAGUUCUCAAAUAUGUGGACAGCAACCUUGCAAAACAAAGAGAGCUUCAAAAGGCCAAUCAGGAUCAUUAUGUUGAGGGAAAGAUGAGGGGUUUAGCACCAAGCAAGAAGAUUGCUGCUGUGCAGCAAAAAAAUGUUGAUCUGAAAAUUAAAAAGGCAAAACAGAAAAUCCCCGGGUCGGGCGAAGGCACCAGCAGUGGCGAAACACCCCAGGCACCACGGAAGAAACGAGCGCGGGUCGACCCAACAGUCGAGUGUGAGGAAAUGUUUGCGAACCGUGUGGAGGUGAAGGUGAAGAUUCCCGAGGAGCUGAAACCUUGGCUGGUGGACGACUGGGACCUCAUCACACGACAGAAACAGUUAUUUCACUUGCCUGCUAAGAAGAGCGUGGAGGUGAUCUUGGAGGACUAUGCAAACUACAAGAAAUCAAAAGGAAACUCCGACAACAAGGAGUACGCCGUGAACGAGGUGGUUGCCGGGAUCCGGGAGUACUUCAACGUCAUGCUGGGCACUCAGCUGCUUUACAAGUUCGAGAGGCCGCAGUACGCCGACAUCCUGUCUGAGCGCCCGGAUGUGCCGAUGUCUCAGGUGUACGGAGCUCCACACCUGCUGCGUCUGUUUGUUCGUAUCGGAGCCAUGUUGGCGUACACUUUACUGGACGAGAAGAGUCUGGCCCUGCUGCUCAGUUACCUCCAAGAUUUCCUCAAGUACCUCGUGAAGAACUCGGCCAGCCUCUUCAGCGUCGGCGACUACGAGGUCGCCCCCCCUGAGUACCACCGCAAAGCUGUGUGAGAGCUCUCAGCAACGCAGCGCUCUGAGCGAGACACAUCACCGCCCUGUCAGGCCACAAAUAAAAAUAACCAUUAGCUCAGUGUGGAUUGAAGAGUCGGAUGAACUUUUUCACUUUGGCUGACAUGUUUCAUCUGAAAAGAUCUUAGGCGCUCGUGACAGUUUGCAGGGGAAGAAAACAUAACCUACUUUUGAUAUCACUUUGUUUAAAAAGAGACAAAAUAAACAGUUUCACAGUCAUUUCAGCAGCCAACUUUAUCCUAUUUUUGUGUUUUGUUUAUUUUUCCAACGGAGGUGCCUGUUACUAUUGCAUGCUUAUCAUUAUUUAUGCUUCUUUUGGCCACGUGAGCUGUGAAUCGAUGCUGAACUACAAGGUUAGCAGCCAAACAAUAAAAAUGUUUGUAUGUUGUGCAUUUAUAUCAAUUUGUAAAAACGGAAAAGAAAAAAAAGAAAAAGUUGUUUAAAAAGUCCAAAUUGUUUACUGUGUCUGCGAAGGUUACGUCUUUAAACAAUUUGAUGUUGUCAUUGUUCUUUAAAGAUGCAAUAAGUUAAAAGUCACCUUCUGAAAGCAACAGAACUUCCUCUCUGCUUUGGUAUAUGUCAAACCUCCAAGAUUUGUUUUGUAAAAAUUUUAUUUUAUAUUCAACUGAAUCAACAAUAUGUUGAAAAGUUUUGUUGUUUUUUUGGGGGGUGGAGGGGUUUCUGAUGCAAAUGUGAGUUUAUUUAAAAAAAGCUAAUUAAAUUCUCAGUGUAAAUGUUGUCUUUUCAUGCCUUUUUAUUUAUGUUACAAUCAUUAAACCUGUUUAAUUUA